AGCUGCAGAUUCGUGUGACAUGCACUUCCGCUCACGUACGAAAUGACAACAAGACAGAACCCAGUUCAGAUUUUCUACGAUGUUCUAGUGUAAGAUGUAAAUCGUCUGGUGAAAACAGUGGUGAAAUAUUUAGAAGAAAAAUGGCGGAUCAUCCUCCAGGUGGGGGAUCCACCGACUCAGAGGGUGCGGCAAAAAGUCCAGCAUCAUCAAAGCUGGAUAAUUUGUCCCGUGAAGAUCUGACAAAGUUUGUCAAGAAACAGAUGCUUCUUCUCCAGAAAACACGGGCAAAAUGUGACGAGUUGACAAAGAAAGUGACAGAGUUGGAGUCCCAAAGACCCCAGGGUGAGGGAGAGAGGGGAGACGGAAACCAGGAGGAUAUAAAGGACUUAAAGACAAAAAUAGAAGAACUAGAAGCAGAGAAGAAAGAGAUGCUGACAGCAUACAAUGCUGUACAGGCCUCACAAGAACUGGCCGCUAACAAGCUACAGGAAAUGGAGGGACAGCUCAAUGAAGCAAACAAAGAAAAAGAAGAAAUUAGGGCACAACUGUCAGCUUCUAAAAGAGAAAAGGAAGAACUAGAGGAGCAGCUAGAGUGUAUGAAGAUGAAGGAUGAGACUCUGAACUCCUCUCUACACUUCAUGCAGCAAGAACAGAGUCAGCUGCUGGAGGAAAAUAAGAAAUUAAAGGAACAGGAAACUGUGCUAUCUGAUGCCAGAGAUAUUGUGAUGCAGAAACUGAAAGCCAUGAAACAACUCCAGAUGAAGAGCCAGGCCGAGUUUGAAGAGCAGAUACAGAAGUUAACAGAGGGAAAGCAGGAGUUGUCUGCUUUGAUACAGACCCUGGAGAAAGAGAAGAAGGAGGCAGAAGACCUGGCUACUGAGAGAGAAAAUCAGGUCAAGGUCAUGACCCAGGAAAUGGACAAAAUUAAGUCACAAUUGGAGGAGGGAGGUGAACAGAAAGGUCAGGGAGGUGAGAGUGAGGAGAUAGUCCAGAAAGUGGAACAGCUAGAGAAACUGUGUCAGCAAUUGAAAGAGGAAAAGCAGGACUUGGAAUCAAAGCUUAGUGAACAGACUUUAGAGGUGGAGAAAUUCAAGUCUGAGAUAAUGAAGAAGGAGGAGUUACUGAACCAGUCUUCAUCAGAAAUGGAAAAGCUGAAAUCUGACUUGAAAUUUGUUGCAGAGGAACUUAAAAAGUCACAGGAGCAGUCAUCAGAAGAAGUGGAGAAAAUGAAAUUGGACUUGAAUUCUGUUACUGAGGAACUUCAGAAAUCACAAGGACAGUCUUCAUCAGAAGAAGUAGAGAAGUUAAAAUCUGACUUGAAUUUUGCUACUGAGGAACUUAAAAAGUCACAGGAACUGUGUGUAAGUGAACAGAGAUUUAAAGAAGAUCUUCAGAGUGAGAUUGAUAAUUUACAGUUCCAAAUUCAUGAACUCAUGCAUGAAAAAGAGGAAGAAUCUCAAAAAGAGGCAGCUGCUGAAAAACCCAAACAAAAAGCUCAGGAAGCAAAGAAGAAUGGGAAAUCUGCUCCAAAGGGUAACGGAGCCAUUCCAAAAACUACUGAUAUAAGAAAGAAGUUGCAAUUGGUCACAAGGGAAAAAGAGCAGAUAGAGCAGGAAAUGAAGAAGGUGCUCUCAAGAGAUGAGAGUCUGUCGUACGAGGUCAGCGAACUGCAGGAAGAAAAGGAGAUGUUGAGGAAUGACGUUCAGCAGAUGAAUGAACAGAUGGGAGAGUGGGAACAUAUGAUGAACAUGUUACAGGAGGAUAAGAACAGGAUGUUACAGGAACUGGAUGCAGCAGAAGCCAAGGAAAAGAGGAUUCUGGGAGAGCUAGACGUGGUGAGGGAGAUACUGGGGAUGGGGAAGAGGGCAGAGAAGAAGGAGAGGGAAGAAGAUGAAGAAGACGAGGUGACUGAUGAUGGGGAUGAUGUGUUUGAAGCUGAUGAGGGGCCAGGGAUUGUGAUCACUGAGUUGGAGAAAAUGAAAAUGAGGCUGAAUGAAAUUGUGGCUCAGAAUAGUCAGUUGAAGGUGGAUUUAGACAGUGCCUAUGCAAGCAAAGGAGACAGUACGGUAGAAAUCCAAGCUGUGAAGAGGGAGUUAGCUACGAUGGCAUGUGAGAAAGAAUCAGCUGAGAGGGAGAAAGAGUCUUUGUCUGUUAUUAUGAAAUUGGCUCAGGAGAAGGAGAAAGAUCUCACAGAAGAGAACUCCAGUCUGAAGGGAGUUGUUGAUCAGAAUGAGCAGGAGAAGGCAGAACUCAGGGGAAGGAUCCAGGAACUUCAGCAGAAGAUAAGUGAGUUGGAGGGAGAGAAGCAGGAGCUGAUCAAGGCAGCAGAGGAUUCCAAGGAAAGAUAUAAAGAAAUGGAGGAGAAGGUGAAAGAGAGGCAGGCUUAUACUGAGGAACUGGAAAACCAGAUUCUGGAAAUGUCCAACAACCUUGCAGAGGCACGUAAGAAACAUGAGCAGUUUAUAGCAAAAAUGGAGGUGGAAGGAGAGUCAGCCACAUCCGUGCUGCAGACAGAAAUAGAGAAUAUGAAGGCAAGGAUUGAGGAGCUUGAAAAGGAAGUGGAAAGGAGGAAACAGGAAGUGGAGGAUGUGCAGGGUCAAAGGUCAGAGAUGGAGAAGAAAUUCAUGGAUAUAUCUGAGGAGUUACAGAGAGUGAAAGAAUUAUCUGAACUUAGUGAGAAAGAAAAAUCUGAAUUAUUAACUCAGGUUGAGAAUUUAAGUAAAGUGCAAUCAGAAAAGGAUGACAUUUUGGAAAAUUUUGACAAUUUGAAAGCAAACUUAGAUGCUAUGGAAACAGAAAAAGCACAAUUCUUAGAAACAAUCAGUCAACUUAACAAAGAAAAAGAUGAACAAGUUUCAUUAGUGGAUCAGUUCUCAAAUAGUGUCAAAGAAAAAGAACUGAUAAUUGAAAAUCUAAAAAGUGAAUUAGAGUUGCUAAGACAAAAUGCACAAGAGAAAGAAUCUGUAGAAAGUGAACUGGUUCAAAAACUUAAUAAUGGGAUUGAAAACACAAUGAGAGAACUGUCUGAAGCUCAGAGAGACUUGGUAGAUGUGGAAGAAAAAGUGAAGUGCUUGGAGGGUGAGAAAAGUGAGUUGAAUUCUAGGUUGGAGGAGAAAGAGGUACAGAAUUCAGAACUGCAGGCUUCAUUAUCAGAAAUGUCUGAAAAGGUUGAAAACUUGAGUAAAGAACUUUCUAGUCUAUCGGAACAAAAAGAGGAGCUGCAGAAAGAUUUGGAUUGGAAAAUGAAAGAAAUUGAAGAUUUAAAGAUUCAGUUGCAGAAGACAGAGUCAGAGAGGAAUGAACAAACAGAAGCAGUGGAGAAGUUACAGGGAAUUCUUCAGAUGACUGACUCAGAAAAGGCAGAAAAUCUGCAGGAGAUAGAAAGUCUGAAGACUUCAUUAAAGAACAUUGAAGAGGAUAAAAAUAAUAAAAUUGAGAACUUGAAGAAUUGUUUACAGGCCAUGGAGUCUGAGAAAGAUGGACUGAAAGAACUGAGAGAUCAGUAUGAGGAGGUUAAAGGUCAGAAUGAUCAACUUCUAGAGGAAGUGAAAAUGUUGAAGGAGGAUUGUGGGAAAUCAAAAACUGAAAAUGAGAAUCUGAGAGAAGAAAUGAAGACUAUUUCAGAGGGAGUGAGUGGUGUUCAGAAUGAGAGAGAGAUGCUGGCAUCAGAGGUUGAAAAAUUGAAAUGUGAAAACGAAAAACUAGAGGGCGCUCUUUGUCAAAAGGAGGAAGAAGUUCAAAAUUUGUGUUCAGUGAAAGAAGAAAAGACUGUCUUGGAAACAGAGAUUCAAAAACUAAAAACUGACCUUGAAGAAAGUGUGACAAAAUUCCAGGAGGUACAAACUCAGUUGAUUGAAAGUCAGAAGGAAAGGGGGUCUUUGGAAGACGAAAUUCAGAGACUAAAAACUGAGUUGGAUGAAAUAUUCCGACAGAAAUCUGUGCUGGAUGAGACUUUGAAUGAGUUGAGAGCUCAGAUUUCAGGGAGAGAUACAGAGGAGAAUUCAAUGUUAAAAGACAUCCAGAGCAAAAUCGAAGUAAUUCAGAAUUUAGAGGAAGACAAGAUAAAAAUGGAAACAAAAUAUAAAGAACUUGAAAAUGAUUGUGAGAGUUUAAAGAGCUCUGUGGAUGAAAAAGCUAAACAAGUAGAGGACUUAACAUCAGAGUUAGAACAAGCAAGAAAAGACUUGAAUUCAGUGAAUGUGACAAACAAUGAAAUGCAGAAAGUGGAGGCCCAGUUGAGGAAUGAGUUAUCUGCCCUUGGUGAAAAGGUUGCAGAAUUGCAGUCGGCAAACAGUGACCUUAACGUGCAAAUCCAAGACCUGAAAGGAAAAGAAAACGAGACUCAACAAAAAUCAGAGAGUUCUAAUGAGGAGAAUAAAAGCUUGCAGCAGAAACUUAAGGAAAAGGAGGAAAUGUACAACAAACUCAAAUCUCUGGCCAUGAAAAGCAAGAAAGAGGCAGGGCAGCUCAAAUCCAAGAGUGAUGAGCUACAAAAAGAGAGAGACGAAUCUGUGAAGAAAUGUGAAGAGCUUCAGCAGCAGUUGUCUGCCCUUGAAAUCUCCCAGAAGUCAGAAUCAGAACUCACAAAGAGUUUCCAGCUUUUACAGGAGAAGUUUGAAAAAUUGGAGUUGGAGUAUGACUCAAAGACAAAGGAAUCAGACAACUACAAGUCUGACCUUGAGAAGGUUAUCUCAGAGAUGGCACAGGUCAAGGAGACGAUUGUCACAAGUAAAGAGGAGAAAGAACAACUCAUAAAGGAAGCAGACAGAUUGAAAGGAGAGGUCAAGAAACAAGAGACAGCUGUAUCUGAUCUGAAAGGAAAACUGGCAUCUGCUGAAAAAGAGAGGGAGGCUUACAGAAUCCAGAAAGAUGAAGUUGUAAAGGAAAAACAACAGGUGCAAGGAAAAUUACAAGAUUCAGAAGAGAGAAUGAAGAAAGAAGGAGAGAAGCACAAGAGUGUAGUGACAGGACUUCAGAGUCAAGUCCAGGAGAUACAGAGGCAGCUAGGACUAGCCAAACAGGAGGCCAAGCAGAGUAAUAUGAUGGACCUGGAGAUUGCAGACUAUGAGAGAACUGUAGAGGCCCUGAACAAGACUAUCUCUGAUAAGGAUGUGACAAUCAUGGAACUGAGGGGGGAGGGGGAGAGGCUGGAGGAGAAAGCCAAGGCCCUCAAAGAACAGAUAGAUGCUGUAGAGGAACAGAGAGUCCAGGCAGAUGACAGAGCCAACAAACUGAAACAGAUGUUGGUCAAAACCAAGAAAGAGCUGUCGGAUGCCAAGAAAACGGAAACAGAGCAGAGGUCAUCUGAUGCCCAAUUGAGAGGUCAGCUGGAGGGACUGAAUCAACAAGUGGAGGAGAACAAGAUACAGAUGGGAGAACUUGCAGCAGAGAAGCAGAAAUUACAGGAGAAGCUGCGGUCCCUGACUGAUUCUAACCAGAGGACGAUCCGAUCUCUUGAGGGGCGGAUCCAGUCACUUCAGGAUGACCUUGAGGUCACUAGGAGUGAGAUGAAGGCCGUCCAGGCAGAGUACGAUGGAUACAAGGUGAGGGUACACAGUGUGUUGAAACAGCAGAAGAAAGGAAGUCAGGAAUCAGCUGUCAGUGAGAGUGAGAAAAUGGAAAGAGAGAGACUAAAAAAGGCUGUAGAACAACUGAAGGCAAAGAUCCAGGAUUUAAGUGAUAAACUGAGGACAGCCGAGUCUGAUUUGGAGAUACAACAGGAGGAGAACGCCCACUUAAUGGGUCGCUAUAACAAGCUAGUGGCUGACAUACAGGAGAAGGACAAUACUAAUAGGAGAAGGUUGGAGGACCUGGCUCAUGAGAAAGAUCUACUGGUCAAGGAACAGAAAGAAACCAUUAAACAGCUCAACCUACAGAAUGAUACACUCACUCUAUCAUUCAAGGAUCAGAUUCAGUCUUUACAGGAAGACCAGAGCCGUGCCAUCAACAUGUUACAGAUGCAGAUAGACUCACUGGAACGUGAAAACACUCGCCUACAGAGGGAGCUGCAGCAGCAGAUGUCAAAGGUCACCAAUGUGCGGUCAGCCAUGGUAACAGAGAGACAGAGUCCCGUGUCUACGGGGAAUGAGUUUAUGGUUCACGACAUCAGGCACGAAGAGAGACAGGAAGGGGAGGGAUCUGAAAUAGUUGAUCCAGAACCUUGUUCAAAGGGCACAAGUAAACCGUCCCCAUUACCACUAGACAGGCUUUUAUCCACAGGCCCUGAAGACACAGUGUAUCCUAAAGAAGUGACUGAGGUAGAAGUGGAGACAUUGAGAGAGAACCUGUCCACGGCUCACAAACGGAUCGAGCAUCUCAACGAGUUGUCCAAUGAGAAUGAGGCCACGGUGAUGAGGCUGGAGGAACAGGCCAAGAUUCUGAAGGAGGAAAUCCGACGACUGGAGCGGAACCAGCAACGUGAGAAAGAGGCUGCCAACAUGGAGUACCUCAAGAACAUCCUUCUAAAGUUCCUGAGUUUGAAGGUCGGAGACGAGAGACAGCAGCUGGUUCCUGUUCUGACGACAAUGUUAAAACUCAGUCCCGAGGAAAAGGCAACUCUGGAUACAGCUGCUCAGGGAGAAGAAAAUGCAUCUAAUCCACAACAACAACAGCAAGGAGGUGGAUGGGGGUCGUAUCUCCACCGAUGGUCAGGGUUAGUGUGAGAAAUCAUCCCAACAUUCCUACACAAACAAACGGACCAGAAGUAGCACUGUUCUGACAAAGCAUGAAGGAACUUGAAGCCAUUCCCAGGAGUGAAAAAUAAAGACUAGUUUAUUCCAUUGGAGAGAUGGUGAAGAGCUUGAUUAUUUAUUUUCUGAGAAAAGCAUGAUAUUGCGGAAACACAGGAAGAAAUGAUGAAUGACGGCACAGUCAGAACCAGUCUGAUUGUCCUUGUGUCUGUGUGUGUCUACUGUUUACAGACAGCAGUCCUGUGAUAACUGGAAUCAAGACUCUGAUAUGAAAAAUGUCCUUUGUUAGGUUUGACACAAGUGCUAGCUUCAUUGUACAUUCCAAACUGCCAAGGAUAAUACUUUUUUUCUGUAUAACUUUUUUUCUUGAUUCAUUUCCAGAUGCAUGUUAAGUGCUGUUUAUUCAGGAAUUGUAUACUGAUGCACAAAAAAAAUGAUGCUGUAACAUAAAAUUUCAUUAUAAAAUGCAUUGAUGGCAAUUUUGUCAGUCUUAUAUAAAUUUUCUUUUUACUUUGUAAAAAUCAACUAAAGCUAUGACAGUCACUGUUAAACAUACUUUGGCAUAUAAGAGGUAGACUUUGUGAUGGAAAUGAAAAUGUCAAUGCUAUACAUGUAUUAUUUAUUUAUAGAUACUGUAUGUAAUUGCUAUAAAAGUCAAUUCACUAUAAUAUCAAUUUAAUGAAAUAUUUGACCAGAUUUGAAGGUAAAUGACAAGUACAUGUAUUUGAUGAACAAGUACAGUAUUAAAAUUUUGGUGAAUUUAGGACUACACAUACAUUUUAAGUAUGGGACAAUGUAAUAUUUGGACAAUUAUAACUUUAUCUUAGCAUUUUAGUCAUCAUAGAUUUCUUGAAAUUUAAAAUUGAUGUACAUAAGUUCCCAUCUGAGGUCCAUUAUAUUUUUAUAUGACAAACAAGUCAUGUGCUGCGACUUGCCUGUAAUACAGUAACUGAGUGUAGUUAAACAUUUAGAGCAUAUUGUCCUGUUCUGUGAUCAGCAAAUGUGUACAAGGUAUCUUUUUCACGGUGUCUUUCUAAAAUUGUGUGAGAUAGAAAGUUUUGAUGUCUGUGAUUGUAAAGUGUUCAAUAGUAAAGUCACGGUAGAUUGUGAUUUAGAGAAGAUAUUAAUUAAUGAUAACAGAAAUGAAUUUAAUGAUUGGAUGUAUUGGUACCUGUAGUUCUAAAGGGGACUGAAGUUUUGUGGGAUCAUAAUUCAUUUACUAGAGUAUUUGGAAAUACUUUCUUAAAUUGACAUUCCACUAUUUCAACUUAAAAUUCUUUGUCAAACAUUUAGUAUAAACAGAAAUAAAAAAAAAAACAUCAUUAUCCUCAAAACUUUCUUAUGCAUAAAAAACACCACGUAAAACAUUACUUGUAAUGACGGUUGUUCAGUGUGUAUUAAGUAUAAAGGGGACGUGAUGGAUCAUAGAAUGUCAUUGAUUUUUAUAUGUUCAACAAUCGUUCUAUCUGCUCUUUUCUUAUCAUUUCUUUUAUUUUUUUUAUAUGUCAGAGUGUUUUUGCCUUAAAAAAAUGAAACAUUAUAGUCAUUGAUGUUUGUUUGCAUUUAUUUGUUAUAUUAACCAUGCUGGUCUUUCAGAGUGCAAUAUUGUGAUGACUUAAUAAAAUGGUAUUUCUACAA